AUGGCCGGUCAAUCGAAGCCAACACUCUCGCCAUGGGGCAGUGCCGUUGCAGGUGCGACGGGCGCCGUCCUCGCGAACGCAAUGGUCUACCCGCUUGAUCUUGUGAAGACCAAACUUCAAGUACAGGUCAAGCAAAAAGAAGGAGCCGAGAAGAGCGACGACCUCGACCGCUAUGAAUCAACCGUCGAUGCUAUAAACAAGAUCGUGGAGAAGGAGGGUGUCAGUGGUCUGUACUCUGGUAUGGCUGGAGCCCUGCUUGGUGUCGCCUCUACAAACUUCGCAUACUUUUACUGGUAUAGCGUUGUAAGAACACUUUAUAUGGCCUCGGUCAAGUCCCCCAAGCCCCCCGGUACAGCGAUCGAGCUUUCCCUCGGUGCUGCUGCUGGUGCUGUCGCUCAGAUCUUCACCAUCCCGGUGGCUGUCAUCACAACCCGACAGCAGACACAGCCCAAGGGCGAGAAGAAGGGUCUGAUCGAGACUGGUCGCGAGGUGGUCGAGAGUGAGGACGGCUGGUCCGGCCUGUGGCGCGGUCUGAAGGCUAGCUUGAUCUUGGUCGUCAACCCUGCUAUCACAUAUGGGGCUUACCAGCGCCUGAAGGAGGUUAUCUUUCCAGGGAAAAAUAAUCUCAAGCCCUGGGAGGCAUUCCUCCUCGGUGCCAUGUCCAAGGCUUUGGCUACUAUCGCAACCCAGCCUUUAAUCGUCGCAAAGGUUGGUCUGCAGUCUCGCCCGCCACCAGAGCGCAAUGGCAAGCCCUUCAAGACCUUUGGUGAGGUCAUGAAGUUCAUUAUCGAUAAUGAGGGUGUCCUGUCCCUCUUCAAGGGAAUUGGACCCCAGAUCCUGAAGGGUCUUUUGGUCCAGGGUCUGCUCAUGAUGACCAAGGAGAGAAUGGAGCUUCUCUUCAUCGUCCUGUUUGCCUACCUCCAGAGAAUGAAGAAGGAGAAGCUGCAGAAGGCAGUUGAUACUGCCGCAUCAAAGGCUAAGACUAGCGUCCCCGCCACCCUGAAAUAA